AUGUCGGUCGAAAGAUCCCUCGAGUCGCUCGGGUUGAGCAGUGGCGACCCCGAAGAAAUCUUUGACAUCCACUCGCGGGAAGGAGCUGGAGCGUUCGGCCAAGUGUUUCGAGCGAGUUACCGCAGUACGCGUAAAGAAGCUGCGCUCAAGGUCAUCCAGAUCGCAUUGAAACCCGGCCAGUACGGCGAAGACGUCGACAACGUCCGUCGUGAAAUCGAGUUCCUCCGUGAAUGCGACCACCAAAAUGUCGUCGCGUUCUACGGAGCGUACUACAAGGACGGCGCGUUAUGGAUCGCAAUGGAAUAUUGCGGUGGCGGGUCUGUCGGGGACAUUUCCCGGCAACGGCGGCUGUGCGAGCAGGAGAUUUCAGUCAUUAUGCGCGGGGCGUUGGAAGGACUUGCACAUUUGCACUCAAAGAAAAAGAUCCACCGCGAUGUCAAAGGCGGAAAUAUUCUCCUCACCACCGACGGCAACGUCAAAAUUGCCGACUUUGGCGUAUCAGCGCAGCUUCGCGACACAUUAUCUCGACGGGGCACGUUCGUGGGCACACCUUACUGGAUGAGCCCCGAGAUGAUCCAAGACAGCAAUUACGACUACAAGGCGGACAUAUGGUCACUCGGCAUUACCGCAAUCGAACUAGCCGACCAGCGACCUCCUCUCUUUGACGAGCACCCGAUGCGAGUGCUGAUUCAAAUUCCACGCAACCCGCCGCCACGACUCAAGCAGCCCCAAGACUGGUCGGCGAAUUUUUCGCACUUUGUGCAAUAUUGUCUCACCAAGUCGCCCGCCGAUCGUCCGACGGCUGUGGCGUGUCUUGCCCAUCCGUUUAUCAUGUGCUGGCGCGAUAUUCCUCGCGUCGUGCCUGGAGGCGGCGGGGUCUUACAUCGAACGAAAAGCAAUUUACAUGAAGGCCCAGAACAACCACUCCCAAUACUCCCUGCAGUCCCUCCGUCGUCGAUGCCAACCAUUCCCGAGUCAGACCAGUCGAACGCAUCAACACUAGAUGACUUGAUCACUGCCGCUCAGACCAUCUCCGACGACGAGCUCGACGACAACGCGCCAUUGGACGCGUCCGAAGUUCUCGGAGCGGACUGCCACGAGGCAUCCAGGUCGUCGUCGAGCGACGUGUCGGACGUCGUCCUUGAUCGGUUGCUUGCGAUGGUGCCACCCGAUGCCCUCGUAGACGAUGAAAGCGUGCUCUUAGAAGCGUCUUCGAGCGCCGUGAGUGAGAUCGACGUAAUGGACGAUCUCAUCUCGAUGGCUCGAACGUCGUCGAUGGAACCAGGAGACCAUGUCCUCGACAACCUCGACGACGACAACGAUACUGCAGAAGUUCCACAAGAAAUCACUCCCACCAACUCCAACAACACCAGCACGAACCAACUACUGGCCGCGAAUGCAUCAUUCUCCUGCGACAGACAGCCAUCAAACGAGGAAUUCGGAGAGGAGACCGAGGAAUUCGGGGAGGAGACGUCUCCCGGCACAAAACAAGCCGAACUUCACGAUGGAGAGAAGGCUGACAACGCCCUGGUGCAGCCCAACGAUGAUGCGUGUGCUGAAGCGGUGGACCAGCCACCAUGUCCAAUCGACCAAGCGCUGCCUUCAUGCCCACCUCAUGAUGCCCCAUCUCCAGAUGGCGCACCUGCAGACGAUGAGCAGCCUGCACCUUCGUCGUCGGACAAAGUUGAACAGCAUCCAAACUCACCAAAUUCAUCUGACAGUGACUUGGACGACGACGACGGUCUACCCCCGACGAGUGAGCUUCCACCGCAACCAGAAAUCGAGCCGAUACUACAAGUGGAGAUCAAGCCAUUCGUUGGUGGUGUCGCUGACAUCGCCUCCAGCGCCGUCAAGGAAGGCGGGUCGCCCCCUCCAUCGCCCACACACUCUGCUCCGACAACCUUUGUCGGGACUCCUUUCCGCGUUGCCCAUGACGUGUGUGUACGUUACAACACGUACGAUGCGAAGUAUGAAGGCGUGCCAGCGUCGUUCGGCCAGCUUCACAAACACUUUGGCAUCCCGUUGGCACAGAUGCGAUGUAGCACCAAGCACCCGGACGACCUCGUCCCCGCGCUGCUUCGAAUGCUGCGACGAGAGCUGGGGGAAUCUGGAGUCACAGCCAAGUACAUCUACCGGUCGUCGCCGGACCACGGGCAAAUCCAAGCCGCGAAACUCGCGCUGAAUGCAGGGAUGUUCGAUGGCUCUGCAAAGCGCAAUGAUCCGUACUUACUGUCGAGCUUGAUCAAGUGUUGGUUUCGAGAGCUCCCCGAGCCAUUGUUGGCACCGUGUUGCAAGUCGAAUGCUGCCGUCACGGCGGUGACGUCCCUCGUGAUGAAAGAAGCCGGCAGCACCGACGUGAGUCUGCGAUGCGACUUUAAUACCCUCGACGCUGCCAUACGAAAAUUCUUGUCGCCGCUGUCGAACCAGGCGCGGCAAAUCUUCGAGUGGCUCGUCGAGCACUGGUGCGAAGUCGUGGACAAGCACACACUAAACAUGAUGAGCUCACACAGCCUGGCAAUCGUUUGGGUGCCCAACUUGAUCACCAUGUCGACGACGUCGACUCAAGAAGCGAGCCGUGUGUCCAACCAAGUCGCCAUGAUUCUGCAAGUGUGCAUCCUGUGGCGGCAACAAAUCCUCCAGGCAAAUGCUGCUUUGGUUGCAGCGAAGAAACAGCCCAGCGUGCUUGCCCUCGCCAUAGACCCGACGCCUCCAUCCCCCCUUGAACAGGCGGCACCUCCCAAGGCACUCAUGCCGCUGUAUGUGGACGGCAAGCUCUUCCACGCGCGAACUUCCCUUGUCCGUACCCUCGCGCUCGAGAUGGACCGCAUGAGUCGGGAGAAGUGGUCCUUUGUCGAAUGCCAGCGUCAUGUGCUCAACCUAUUGCGCUUGCACGCACGGACUCGACAAGAGCGCGAGUUUGCCGACAAGUUGCUCCAGAACCCAGCAACGAAACCUUCGACACAGCCCGCGACCCUCCACGACUGCGCGCGGUGGAUUGAUAUCGCCAUGGACGCAGUGGCGUUUGCCGAGUUCCAAGCACAACAGCGCGACGUCGCGAACCAGCUCAACCAGCUGUUGUUGCAGUAUCCCCAGUUGACGCUCAUGCCGUACCUGGCAACGUCCCGUCCUCUGGUGGUCCCGUCGGUCACAAACCUCCCAUAGCAUCCACCACGGAUACGGACAUUGCCGAGCGACACAGUCGUCGCAAGUAAAUUGAACAUGUUGAAUGCAAUCACAAAUUCCAUCGAGC